CAUCAAUGCAUGGAGAAGUGAGAGUCUGUCUGGAGAAGCGCUUCACCCCACACUGAAGAGCGUCUCCUCCUCGGUCUCCUGUGCGUGCCCAUGCUGAGAGGCAGACCGGCGGUCACACACACACGCACGCACACACACAUGUCCUCCGUCAGCGGCUCCAGCAGCGCCGCCGGGCCCCGAGAGGUGGAGCUGGUGCUGGUGAAGGAGCAGAAUGGGGUUCAGUUCACCUCCUCCAGCCUGCGGAGCCCUGGCGCGCACGCAAACACACACACACACACUCACACACACCCGUCCGGACAGCAGCGCGAGACCUGGGGCAAGAAGAUCGACUUUCUGCUGUCCGUCAUCGGCUUCGCUGUGGAUCUGGCCAACGUCUGGAGGUUCCCGUACCUGUGCUACAAGAACGGCGGAGGAGCGUUCCUGGUGCCGUAUCUCUUCUUCAUGGUGAUCGCCGGGAUGCCGCUCUUCUACAUGGAGCUGGCUCUGGGUCAGUAUAAUCGUGAAGGAGCCGCCGGCGUCUGGAAGAUCUGCCCCAUAUUCAAAGGCGUGGGCUUCACGGUGAUCCUGAUCUCGCUGUAUGUGGGCUUCUACUAUAACGUGAUCAUCGCCUGGGCUCUGUUCUACCUGUUCUCCUCCUUCUCCGGAGAGCUGCCCUGGAUCCACUGCAACAACACCUGGAACAGCCCCAACUGCUCCGACCUCAACGCCACACUGCUCAACGACACAUACAAGACCACGCCCGCGCUCGAGUACUUCGAGCGGGGUGUUCUGCAUCUUCAUGAAAGCUCUGGUAUUGAUGAUCUGGGUGUGCCGCGCUGGCAGCUGACCGCCUGUCUGGCCGUGGUCAUCGUGGUCCUCUACUUCAGCCUCUGGAAAGGAGUGAAGACGUCUGGGAAGGUGGUGUGGAUCACUGCCACGAUGCCGUAUGUGGUCCUGACCGUGCUGCUCCUGCGUGGAGUCACUCUGCCUGGAGCCAUCGACGGCAUUAAAGCUUACCUGAGUGUGGACUUCCUGCGCCUGUAUGAUGCUCAGGUCUGGAUCGAGGCCGCCACGCAGAUCUGCUUUUCUCUGGGAGUCGGGUUUGGUGUGCUAAUCGCCUUCUCCAGCUACAACAAAUUCAGCAACAACUGCUACAGAGACGCCAUCAUCACCAGCUCCAUCAACUCUCUGACCAGCUUCUUCUCCGGCUUCGUCAUCUUCUCCUUCCUGGGAUACAUGUCACAGAAACACAACGUGGCCCUGGAUAAAGUGGCCACUGACGGUCCCGGACUGGUGUUCAUCAUUUACCCAGAAGCCAUUGCGACGCUGCCGGGCUCAUCAGUGUGGGCUGUCAUCUUCUUCAUCAUGUUGCUGACUUUAGGAAUCGACAGCGCUAUGGGAGGGAUGGAGUCUGUGAUCACGGGACUCAUCGACGAGUUCAAGUUCCUGCACAAACACCGAGAGCUCUUCACACUCUUCAUCGUGGUGUCCACCUUCCUCAUCUCGCUCAUCUGCGUCACCAACGGUGGUAUCUAUGUGUUUACGCUGUUGGACCACUUUGCUGCAGGGACGUCGAUUCUCUUCGGAGUGCUGAUUGAGGCCAUCGGCAUCGCCUGGUUUUACGGAGUGGAUCGCUUCAGUGAUGAUAUCCAGGAGAUGAUCGGUCAGAGACCAGGCCUGUACUGGAGAUUAUGCUGGAAGUUUGUGAGCCCGUGUUUUCUCCUGUUCAUGGUUGUAAUCAGCUUCGCCACCUUCAAUCCUCCCAAGUACGGCUCCUAUUAUUUCCCCACGUGGGCGACGAUGGUGGGCUGGUGUUUGUCCAUCUCCUCCAUGAUCAUGGUGCCGCUCUACGCCUUUUACAAGUUCUGCUCGCUGCCCGGAAGCUUCUGUGAUAAACUGGCGUACGCCAUCACUCCUGAGACUGACCAUCACCUGGUGGAGCGCGGUGAGGUGCGGCAGUUCACGCUCCAUCACUGGCUGGUGGUUUGAGCGGCUGUCCAUGAUGAAGAAGAUGAUGAUGAUGAAGGACUCGGCUGGACAGAAGAGUGUUACUAGUUGUUUCUUUCCUGCGUAAUCGGCUGUGUGCUGUUUCCGUGACUCGAUCACACUGUGGUUCUGUCAGUAUCAGUUCUACUCUCAAUAUACGAUGACUGUUAUGAUGGCUGAUGUUGUCCCCACUGACCCUCCUCCGUCUGUCUGUCUGUCUUCUCUUAUCUUCUGUGACCAGAGUAUAACUGAGCCUUAUUAAUAAAUGUGAGCGACUCAAGCUCAGGAAGUGUAGAUAGUGCAGAAGUAACUCUCCCCUCGUUGUGUCUGAGAUGUACAAAUGCAAAAAAAUAUAGACAUAUAAAUCUAGAUGAUGUGUUGAGUGUCAUGCUUGCUUACAGUAUCCAUCAGACGUGUGAUGUAUGUGAGCGUCUCCUCACCGAUGACUUUAGAUCACAGUAAUAAUCAAGUGUUCCGCUGGUCUCUCUGGAUCAACAGCUGCUUCACGGAGCUUUUCAUCUCGCAGUGUUAAUCCUGUAAAUGAACAACACACUGCAGGAUGUUCGGGAUAUCUGUCGCGCUGAAUGUUGUGCUCCACUACUGUAUUUCAGGCCUAAUCAGAGUUUAUUACAGAUAAAGUCAUUUCAGAGCCUG